UCGGUGCGUUCGGUCUCGGGCGACUCGUGGAUCGGCCAACACCUUGCCCCACCACAAGCCGAGUGGCGAGCUGCUUGACUUGAUGGGAAUCUGUCAUUUUCGUAAAACGGCGAGAGGGACGAACCAGCAUUUCGGGGAAGGAAGCGAUCAGGUUUAAAAUAGUGACGACCUAUUUCUGAUUUGUCCCUGGGGCAUAAUGCGUCAGACCGAGCACAUUUCUGACGCCGAGUGUUUCGGGACAAUGGACGGUUCGCGCUGCCGCCGCCGAUGCUGCUGCUAGUGCCGAAAGGUGGCGUUUUCGUGAAAUCCGAAUCUGAUACGGUUUACGAUUGGAACGAGUCGGCCGCGAGCGAGGAAGCGUACGGACUUGGACGUGUGAUGAUUGUUGUGGUGAAUCAUGAAACAGUGUUGUGAAAAUACCAGGGCCAUGAAGACAGUGCCAUGAAGCGUCCCCAACUUGGAUAAGGAGAAAAGAUCGUCUGUUGUGUGUGUGUGCGAGCACGAAGGAAAAAUUAUCUUGUGACGGAAUAGCGAAACAUGUGUAGUUGAUGAUAUAGUCCAUUUGUGACAUUCAAGAUGUAUCCUGCACCCGCUAGGCACCCGACUGCGGCGGGGCCGCCGCCGGGGCAGCUCAAGUUCACCGUGGCGGACACGUGCGAGCGGAUCAAGGAGGAGUUCAACUUCCUCCAGCAGCAGUACCACCAGCUCAAGAUGGAGUGCGAGAAGCUGGCGGGCGAGAAGACUGAGAUGCAGCGGCACUAUGUCAUGUACUACGAGAUGUCGUACGGCCUCAACGUGGAGAUGCACAAACAGACUGAAAUUGCCAAGCGAUUAAAUGCAAUAAUCGCCCAGGUCCUCCCAUUCCUAGCACAAGAGCACCAACAACAAGUUGCAACUGCAGUGGAACGUGCAAAGCAGGUUACAAUUUCUGAACUCAACGCUAUUAUUGGGCAACAACAGCAGCAGGGACUUCAACAACUUCUGCAACAGAUUCACGCCCAACAGCUUCCUCACGGCGCACAUGGGGCUCACCCUGGAGCUGCCCCAGGCCUGGGCUCCCUAGGGCCUCACCCUGGGUUGGGACCUGGAGGUCUUCUGUUUCCAGGUGCCUUAGGCCCAGGAGCGCCGGCACACCCGUUACUUAAACCAGACCUGCACGCCCGAGAGCCCACUGACCUGGCCACUAAGGGGCCAAGCUCUUUACCAGAUGACAGACUGGUACGUAAUAGAACCUCAGUCUCUCCUGGCCAAAGGGACAAAUACAGAACCCGAACUCCUGAAUCUAGUGAUGUGAAGAGAAGGAGAGAGGAUAAGUUAAGUCAUCAUGGAAGUGAAGGGGAGAAAAGUGAUGCAGAUGCUGAUCCAGAUUUGGUAGUAGAUGUAGCAAAUGAGGAUCCUAACUCUCCUCACGCUAAUGGAGCCCAUGCUGCUGAUGUACGAGAAAAUGGUGACAAAAGUUCUGGAAGUAGCAGAGAUCGAGAACGAGACAGAGAUCGUCCACCAAGCAGAAGUGGCUCCAGCUCAAGUCGCAGCACACCCUCCCUCAAAAGUAAAGAUGCGGACAAACCCCCCACCCCACACCCCACUCCUAGCGGUGUGGGGCCCAAGGGUCUCCACCCACCUUUCUCCCCAGCGCCGGCCCCAGCCCCUGGAGCAGGCGCACCCAGCCCCUACAAUACCCCAUCGCCGUCCCCCUACGCAGCACGGGCGGGUGGGCCAGGCCUGCUUGGAUUUGAUGCUCACCCUGGUACACGAGCACCACCUCAUGGAGCUAAUGGGUUGGGUCUCCCUAGUGGCAAACCGGCAUAUUCAUUUCACAUGAAUGGUGAUGGCCAGCUACAGCCUGUACCUUUCCCUAAUGAUGCCCUUUCUGGUCCUGGAAUCCCACGACAUGCAAGACAAAUUAAUACACUUGCUCAUGGUGAAGUAGUCUGUGCAGUCACCAUUAGUAAUCCAACAAAGUAUGUUUAUACUGGUGGAAAAGGUUGUGUAAAGGUUUGGGACAUAAGCCAACCUGCUAGCACCACUCCUGUUAGCCAGCUUGACUGUCUGCAAAGAGAUAACUACAUCAGAUCAGUAAAGCUUCUGCCAGAUGCUCGCACCCUUAUUGUUGGUGGAGAAGCAAGUAAUCUUAGUAUUUGGGAUCUAGCAUCUCCUACACCAAGAAUUAAGGCUGAGUUAACAUCAAGUGCUCCUGCCUGUUAUGCUCUUGCCAUUAGUCCAGAUUCAAAGGCAUGCUUUAGCUGUUGCUCCGAUGGCAACAUUGCUGUUUGGGACUUACACAACCAAACCUUAGUUCGACAAUUCCAAGGCCACACUGAUGGAGCGUCCUGCAUAGACAUUUCUUCUGAUGGUACUAAAUUAUGGACUGGUGGUCUAGAUAACACAGUUCGCUCUUGGGAUUUGCGGGAAGGUCGGCAGUUACAACAGCAUGAUUUUAACUCUCAGAUAUUUUCUCUUGGCUACUGCCCAACUGGUGAGUGGUUAGCGGUUGGAAUGGAGAAUUCAAAUGUGGAAGUUUUGCAUGCUGUGAAGUCGGACAAGUACCAAUUGCAUCUUCACGAAUCGUGUGUUCUGUCAUUGAAGUUUGCUGCAUGUGGGAAAUGGUUUGUGUCAACUGGCAAAGACAAUCUCCUAAAUGCAUGGCGAACACCUUAUGGCGCUUCCAUAUUUCAGUCAAAGGAAACUUCAUCUGUACUCAGCUGUGACAUUUCUGCUGAUGACAAGUACAUAGUUACUGGGUCAGGAGACAAGAAAGCAACGGUUUAUGAAGUUAUGUACUGAAGAUGCUGUGAAAUUUUGAGUGGCUUGAAUGAACUAAACAGUGACAAGUGCUACUUUUACUCUACUCAAGAUUCAUCUUUUAUUUCAUCAAGAGAGCAUGUCUCAAACUAUGAGUGGAGUGAAAAUGCUUAAUUGUACGUAUAAAGUGAAUCGCGGGUGCUCUCCAAGUGUUCGUCUUCUUUGGAUAUGUAUUAAAAUACAUACCAAAAGCGCUAAAAUUUAAUUUCUAGUUUCAUGUACAGUAAUAGCUGAACUAGUUUAACUGUAAGGCCAAUUGUGUGAAUCAUUGUGUUACUUAAUGCGUGUUUAUGGGAAGCAACAUUUAUUGUUUGUGUUCCUGUUUGAACUUCAUCAGCAAGUUCAACCCUCAUUUUGAACUUUGAGAACACUCAUGUUGAUUGUUUUUUCAUAGUUCAUUUUAAAAAUGGUAUCCAUUUUAUAGCCAAAAGUCUCUUGCAGAGUUUUAGAUUAAUUUUUGUAAUGGUUUUUCAAUGCUGUAGAAGUGUGAUACAUGUUGACCAUUUUUCUGUUGUUUAAGUUUAACUCCUCAGCAGGAAAGCUGGCAGGUACCAGCUGCCACAAUUAUUUAUACUUAAUUAUUUAUGAUGAUACAAGCAAUUUUUGUAAGUCAAUUCUUUUUCUUGGCUGUCCGUUUUGAAACCGUGGUUCAUUAAAGCAGCUGCAAGUCAAGCUCUCUAGGUACACUUUUGUGAUAGCUAAAAUUGCUUUUAUAAUUUUGAUCCAUCAUGAUACCUAAUUUUCACUGACUUUUAUAGAAAAUUUUGCUGCUGUGUCCUGGUAGCAGCCAAUAUCAAAACCUCAUUUAAUAGUGCGAACGUCACAUUGUUGAGAAGGUUUUCUGUUUGUGAGUUAUUAAUGAAAUCAUGUGCGUGAGUUAUUCUUAAUUAUUGCAUCUGUGAUGUUCCUUGACUUGUUUUUUUAGCUCUUAGACAUUUCUCACCCAUGAUCUGAAAUUCAGUAUUACUUUUUUUUUCAUGGUUCUUUUUGAAAGAGAUUCAGACAAGCCUCCAAGCAAUCAAUUAUUUGUGUCUAUAAAUAGACGUUACUAUUACAGUACUGCAGUUUCAAAUUAAAUCAAUGUACUUGUGCGUUCUUCCUAAGAACACAACUCCAACUGUAUUUGUUACAACAUAAACCUCUAAAAACCCCUGAUGGUAUGUAACAAUCCCAACUUUCUUUGCAGUAAAUUCUACAGAAAUGUGUUCCUCUUUGUCUUUUUAUGUCUGAUACAAUUAGUUGUUCGUGCUAUUAAAAGCCUGAGGUGCUAUAGUACAAAAGUUCAUAAUGAUGUGGAACCAGAAACACAUUUACGUGGCCUACAUAUCAGAAUGAUCAGUGACAAACUGCUUCCUCUAUUUUCAUUUCUUUUUCUUUUUUCUGUUUCAAUGAAAAACUGUAAGUGCAUAUGUGAUACAAUAAGGUUCAAAUGUAGUUAAGCGCACAGGUGUUAUAAUACACACCACUAGUGUUGUGUGUGUGUUUGUGUGUGUGUGUGAAUGUAUGCAGAUUUGUGAUCAGUGAGAUUGUUGUAUUGUUUCUGCUGUUGUAUGGGUAUUUGCAUUGGAGCCUUAAUUUAGUAUUAGAAUUGUGUACUUCCAAUGUUGUUCUUGCCUUUAGUGCAGGAUUACACAACAAACUUGCAAAUAGUGUAAUAUGAAGAAUUUUAUAGUAACUGUUGCUCUGUUGUGUAAUUUAUUUGUGAAGAUAUCUCUCCAUAUUAUGUUCAACAUUAGACUGUUGAUGCAAAGGUUUUCGGAAGGAAAAUAUUAUAUUUUGUCUCAUAAA